AUAAAAAGAAAUUCACUUCAUUUUAGAAUUCGUACCAACCGAAGUAUGAGAGUCAUCGCCUUUGUGCUUCGAGAACAGAACAUCUUUGGAGCAAUACGUCGAACACUUGGCAUCACUUCUUUUUCCGCCCAAAAUCUCCGCCCUGCUAUCAGUUUUUGCACGCGAACGCCAUUAACAGCUGAUGAAUUUCCAUCAGAAACUUCAUCGGAAUCCGAAAAGGAAUCAAAAGAAGGAGAAGAAGCAAAGAGUUUAAGCUGGAGAAUUGAGAAAUUACAGAGAGGUGAGUCCGUCGCCUCCGCCUUCCAGAGCUGGAUGGGUGAUGGCUUACCCGUCCACAGAGGCGAUAUCUUCCAUUCUAUCAACCGUUUGCGCAGGCUCAAAUCCACCAAACGCGCCCUCGAGGUGAUGGAAUGGGUGAUAAGGGAGAGACCUUACAUGCCAAAAGAACUAGAUUACUCCUACUUACUCGAGUUCACGAUGAAGUUUCAUGGGAUCCCACAAGGCGAGUCACUCUUCUCUCGGAUCCCAGUCGAGUUCAAAAACGAGCUUCUGUACAACAAUCUUGUGCUCGGUUGCUUAGAAAAGGGAUUAAUAAGACUUUCAUUGGCAUACAUGAAGAAAAUGAGAGAAUUACGAUACCCAAUAUCGUACUUAGCCUUCAACCGCCUCAUUAUACUCCAUUCCUCCCCCAGUCGUAAAAAGUCAAUUCCGAAAAUCUUAACUCAGAUGAGAGCUGAUAAAGUAGUUCCGCACGUAUCCACGUAUAACAUCCUACUCAAGUUGGAAUCCAACGAACACAGUAUCGAAGGUCUGAUAAAAGUUUUUGCUGAUAUGAAACGAGUCAUGGUCGAACCGAACGAGAUAUCUUACUGCAUAUUGGCUGUUGCGCACGCUGUGGCGAGGUUGUACACUGCGUGCGAGUCUUACAUCGAGUGUAUCAAAAAGUCAAUGACGGGUGACAACUGGUCAACGCUGGACAUUCUUGUAAUAUUGUACGGGUGUUUGAGGAAGCAUAAGGAGCUAGAAAGCACAUGGGCCGUGAUUCAAGAACUACCUUACGUUAGAGGUAAGAGUUUCGUGCUGGCAAUUGAAGCCUUUGGUAAAAUUGGAAACUACAGUCGAGCAGAAGAGCUGUUUCUUGAAAUGUCAUCGAAAAGGGGAAUUAAAGCAACCGAGCAGUUCAAUUCAAUGAUAGGGGUGUAUUGCAAUAACGGGUUGCUCACUAAAGCCACCGGGCUGUAUAAAGAGAUGGAGAAAAAUGGCUGCAAACCGAACGCGAUUACGUUUCGCCACCUGGCGCUUGGUUGUCUGAAAGCAGGGUUGGUGAAGGAAGCUAUCAAAACCCUCGAAUUAGGGCUUGGAUUUCCGGUGAGCGAAAAAAUUAGGAAAUCAACACCUUGGUUAGAAACUACGCUCUCGAUAAUGGAGGGUUUCGCGGAAAAUGGUGAUGUGGAAAAUGUGGAGAAAUUGUUUCGAGAACUGAAGAAGGCAAAGUAUAGUAGGUACACUUUUGUGUACAAUUCGUAUAUUAAGGUUUAUGUCAAGGCCAAGGUUUACGAGCCUAAUCUUCUUACGAGGAUGAUUUUGGGAGGGUGUAGACCUGAUUCCGAGACCUACAGCCUAAUCAAACUCAUAGAACAGUUCCGAUUAGGGUAAUUAUUUCAGCCUACGAUUAGAGAUAUGUUCGAAUUAUUACCGGAAUAUUUAUUUGUAUCGAUAUUACAAUUUUGAAAUGUAGAAAUAGAGUUUUGAU